CAAGAUGCUCAGUGUCAAUAAGAACUGCGCACAGAAUGAAGUUUGGCAAGCGCAUGCGGUACUUGGCGGCGCCCGAGUGGGAAGGCGGGUACGUCGACUACAAGGGCCUCAAGCGCACGGUCAAGUCCCUCGCCGGCUCGGACGCGGAGCGCACCGCGGGCUUCCGCAUCGCGCUCCAGCGCGAGCUCGCCAAGGUGAACGCGUCUUUCUUCUGCAUCCUCGACGACCUCGGUUCGCGCGAGACGGUAGCCCAAGGCGACAUCGAGGCGCAGCUCAUGGCGGCGCUGGACCUCUCGCACCGCGUCGACGCGCUGCGGCGCUUUGUCGUGCUCAACUACCUCGCGGUCGUCAAGAUCUCGAAAAAGUUUGACAAGAGCAUUGCAGGCUCGAUGCAGGCUGAGAUCCUCGCGUCCGACUUGCUCUUGCAGCCGUUCUACGCAGGCAGCUACGUCGACGACCUCUACUCGCACACGGCCGCGACCACGGAUGCGCUGUUGCUGCAUCUCUUGCCAGAGGCACCUGUGGCGCACGCCGAUGCGUCGUGCCCGAUUUGCCUCUACCACCUCACGAGCCCCGUAACGCUGAGCUGCAGCCACUCGUUUUGCUGGUCGUGCUUGGCGAAAGCGGCCGAACACCACAUCCACGCGUGUCCGCUGUGCCGCCAAGUGCAGUCGAUCGACCCGCGUGACUACGAGAUCGACGGCUUGCUCCAGCGGUUCCUCAAGCGCUACGGCACCGUGACUUCGCCGCCGCCUCUCGUUGCGCGGGCGGUCGACGUCGCGACCAAGCACCUCGAGUCUACGCAGCUGCGACUCUCGCUCGCCCCGCUGAUGAGUCCGCCGCCCCUCGAGUCGAUUCCGGAGGUCGACGAGAAGCUCCUGCUCUUGCCGCGCGUCGCUUGUAUCGCACACCCGGCCACCUCGCGCUCGAUGACUGCGCUCACCAACGCCAUCGCCGCCGGAUGCCACGUCUUGUCGAUCGAUGUACAGCUGGCCGGCGACGGCUCCGUCGUCGUCUCCCACGACAAUCGCCUUAUUCUGGAGGCCAUGGACGCCGGCGGUCUGAGCGACGCGGGUGUCCUCUCUCUCCAGCACGUGCUCGGCACCAUCUCGGGCGUCGCAUUGUACCUCUGCGUGACCUCUGACGCGGUGAUAUUGCCGCUUAUGGCGCUCCUCGAGGCGGUCUGCGCGGACGAGCGGUCGUGGUGGUCGGGUCCGCGCUUCUACAUUGCGUCGGGCAACCACUACCAGCUGCUCGCGAUCAACGGGCACCGGGGCGCGGCCCCCGCGCUGCACGGCCUCCACACGGUGGCCAUCACGCACUCGAUUCCUCUCGGGUACUGCAAGAGCUUUGAGGCGCUGCGCGUGUCGCACGUGUACGUUGACGCAGGCGUCGUCACGCGGCCGUUCGUGCAUGACGCGCACAGCCGCGGGCUGCACGUCUUUGUGGGGCUCGUCAACCACGAGAAUGUCGCGUGGAAGGUGCUCGAGGACAUUGGCGGCGUCGACGGCAUCGCGACGCACGACCCGAGCAUGCUCGUGUCGACGCUGCUGCAUCACGCGCUGCAGGCGCCCCCGCCGCCGCCACCCGUCGCGGCGGCGGCGAGCGAAACGUACUCGGCGGGUGACCCGGUCGAGAUCGUCGGCCUCUACGACACCGCCAAGUGGUACCCCGGUGUCAUCCUUGGUGCGCGGGCGACGGACGCAGGCACAACUUACGCGGUGCUGUGGUGGAUGAGCGACAACUCGCAGCGCCGCGCGACCAAAGUCCUGAGCCACCAGCUGCGCCGGCCAGUGCCGCAGUACGAGGAGAGCUACUUUGGCUACGGCAUUGACGUCGCGUUCGGCGCACUCAAGACGGCGCUCGGGUGGGCCAAAGCUCCGUUUCGAUCGCCGAGCGACUAAGAACUGGGUGGUCGAUCGACUCUGCAUGACAAACUAACCGUGAACUGUGCUGCAUUUUGGUGUUGAAGGUCAUGCCACGUCCGUACCCC